AAUUUCCAGCGCUCGGUUUGUGCGCAACUCCAGGCGCCGCGACGCUGCCAUCAGCUGGGGUCUGACGCCCAGUCUCGGCAGGUGCACGGUGCCUGCAACCGGCUGCCCUCAUGGCAGUCCUCCCGCGAUCCUAAAACAUAUGUGAUGUAUUCACUUGAACACGGUGUGAAUCUUUCGCGUCGGGCGUGCACGGCUGGUCUGCUACUGCUAUGGGUUCUUGGGGCCUCCAUGGCGCUUCCCAAACCGCCGGACCAUGCCUCCGACACGGCCGUGCACCCCCCUGUCAAUCGUGGUGCCGUCAACACUCGCGACAUAAAUAGUCUUUAUGUGGGCACAACGCCUAGUCCAAAAGGAAAAGCCGUUUCGGAAGAAACGAUGACGUCCACGUCGACGGCUUUUUUUUCACCACAACCGAAAGAGAAAGAAGUUGAGCGCUAUCCAGUAAUAUCUGUCUCAUUUUCAACAGUCGAAACACCAUUUAUCAUAGGACUGUGGAUAUUUUGUGCCAGCUUGGCUAAAAUUGGUUUCCAUAUGGCUCCCAAAUUAAGCGAGAUAUUUCCAGAAUCUUGUCUACUAAUUUUUGUGGGAGUAGUAAUUGGUGUCAUUUUGGUCCACGUUACUGACAGCGUUCACAUGUCGCCUCUUACACCAGAUACAUUCUUUUUUUAUAUGCUUCCACCCAUCAUUUUGGACGCUGGUUAUUUUAUGCCUAAUAGAUUGUUUUUUGAUCACUUAGGCACAAUUCUACUAUUUGCCGUCAUAGGAACUAUUUUUAAUACUUUAACAAUAGGUGCUUCCUUGUGGGCAGUAGGACUGACAGGCCUCUACUCCUGUGAUACUCCGCUGCUGGACAUGUUCCUUUUUGGGUCGCUUAUAUCUGCGGUUGAUCCAGUAGCUGUGUUAGCCGUUUUUGAAGAGAUUCAAGUUAACGAAAUUUUGUAUAUAGUUGUGUUUGGUGAAUCAUUGUUGAAUGAUGCCGUAACUGUAGUGUUGUAUCAUCUUUUUGAAUCAUAUACGGAAAUGGGCCUAGAAAACAUCGUCUAUCAGGAUAUUUUAGCCGGUUUAGCGAGCUUUCUCGUAGUGGCGCUUGGUGGUACUGUGAUCGGUGUGAUAUGGGGACUUGCAACUGGAUUUGUUACAAAAUUUACAAAUGAAGUGCGUGUCAUAGAACCUAUUUUUAUAUUUGUUAUGGCCUACUUGGCGUACUUAAACGCCGAAAUUUUCCACAUGUCUGGAAUUUUAGCAAUUACAUUUUGUGGUAUAACAAUGAAAAAUUACGUCGAGGCAAACAUAUCUCACAAGUCCCACACGACAAUAAAGUAUACCAUGAAAAUGCUAAGUAGUUCGUCCGAAACCAUCAUCUUCAUGUUUUUGGGAGUGGCAACUGUAAGUACAGACCAUGUUUGGAACACAUGGUUUGUUGUACUUACAAUAAUUUUUUGCUCAAUUUACAGAGCAAUAGGUGUAAUAAUAUUCACAGCAAUAGCAAAUCGUUUUCGAUUGCACCAAUUGAGUAAAGUGGAAAAAUUUGUAAUGUCAUACGGUGGCUUAAGAGGAGCUGUGGCCUUUGCAUUGGUACUCUUAAUCAGUCCUGACAUAGUGCCGCUGCAGCCGAUGUUCAUGACAACUACAAUUGCUGUGGUCUACUUUACUGUGUUCUUCCAAGGCAUCACCAUAAAACCUCUAGUAAAAAUUCUCAAUGUGAAAACAGCUGAGAAAAGGAAGCCUACGAUGAACGAACGAAUACAUGAAAGGUUGAUGGAUCACGCUAUGGCAGCCAUAGAAGACAUCCUCGGCCAACAUGGGAACUAUCAUAUUAGAGACAAGUUUAAACGUUUUGAUAAUCAAUUUAUCAGGCCUUACUUACUAAGAAAUCAUCAAGGAGCUGAACCGAAAAUAUUAGAAACUUAUUCGAAACUGGCAAUGAGGGAUGCAAUGGAAUAUAUGCGUAGGAAUGCCUCCACCAUAGGUAACAUUUCUGGUACUGAAAGCAUGUCGGCUAUUUUCAAGAAUUAUACGGCGGGCAACCUCAACGGCAGGUGCGCCACCACAUUACUAACCUGCUCUAGUUUUAGUCAUCUAGAUUCAAGCACAUGGAACAUAGACAUGCAAGAAUUAGAGUAUAAUCCAUCGAAGAAAGAUUUAACCGACGCGAAAAUACAUCACCUUUUGGCUGAAGAAUUAGUUAAGCCUUCUCGAAGGCAUCGUCGUUUAAGUUACAGCCGACAUGCAGUUAAUGACCGAGAUCUAUCAACGCAAGUCAAUUAUCGGAUGCAUUUCAACAUGAGACGGCUUGUAGCAGAUAAAAAACAUCACCACAAACGACACAGUAAAAAACUUAACAAAGAUGGGAAACAAAAUCACGUCAGUUUUCCCGAAUUUCAACAAAACGGUACAGCCAAGCAGUUUUCGCACGAUUACAUAAGCGAAGUUUUACACGAAGAUGACACAGAACCAAAAUCCAAUAAAGAAGACUGGGAUAGUCCCAUAACUUUCACGGCAAAGUCAAGUCUUACAGAUGAGAGUAUUUUCUCAGAUACAGGAAAACGCAUGUCCAGAGGUUCCAUAGAUGGGGGUGAUCUGAUGAGAGUGACAACACCCACUGCAACAGAGACAAUGUUACCGUGGAAACGAGAUGAAGAAGAGGGUUCGGCACCUUUGCAACAAUCUGAAUUUCCAGCGUGGGCAUCAAAUAAAGAAUAUUUAGCAUAUAAUUCACCAUCCGCUACAUUUUUAGGUGGUUUAGAAAACCCACGUUCAUCUGUGAUCGGUCUAUUUAGAAGAGAAAGUUUAGGAUCCGAGCACUUAAGUAGCACCGAGUCAACACCACAGAAAGAACGGCGUAGUUCUCUGGGACGAAAUGCAGUCCUUCUAAUCGAAGACGGAGAAUCCGAUCCAUUGGGAGUUCUUCAAAAGACCGGAACGAUACCACCGCUUCCUCAACCGCCUCAAACUCCAGGGCAACGGAGGCAAGCCCGUCGCGGUUCCAUGUUGGAACUUAGCGGGUCAAUAACCCGUGAUACUAUCCCAGAAGAGUCUUUUGGAAGUUCCUUGAGAAGGCCAUCAUGGUUUACUCAGUCAAGACUAACUCCUCGGCCUAGCGUCUCCAAACAAAAAACACUAGGAAGUACAAUAAUAGGAAAUGUUUCAUCUCCAUCGACAUCAUCAUCAGAUGAAAAUAAUUCGGCGGACGAAGAUGUGGAAUGUUUGAUGAAAGCUGGAUUUUGAAACAGUGUUGUAGUUUGUAAGAGAAACACUUUGAGAAACAAAUUAAAGUUUCUUGUGUUCUAAACUUUACUAGUACUAUUGAACACAACAAAAACUAACCAAAAUGGCACGAUUGUAAUGUAGCAUUGUUAGUGAAUCGAUUUGCCAUCUAUUUUAACGUGAUCACAUCUUAGCUAUACCAAGGUUUUGGACGAUCAAAAGUCAGAUUUAUACUACAUAUACAUUUUUUAUAAUAGGAAAUGCUAGGUAGGUAUUUAGAUACACUAUCAUACUUUUAUUAGAAAAGUGUCACAUACUAUUACCGAAAAUUAGGCAGUUGUAAAGCUUACCAACUUUCCAAUGGUGUCUGUCAGUUUGCGUAAUUUAAAUGUAUAUAGGAAAAAAUAUGAAGUGCGGUGUAGCCAGAGAUAAAUUUUUAAGAUUUUAAAAAAGAACUAAAUAGUGUAAUUAAUAUUUAUUUGUUUAUUGUCUCGUUCUGUUAAAAAAUCGAAUGUAUACUUCGGCAAACAAUAUUUGCUUGACAUUCUGUGACUAUGAUUCAAUGAAUUAGUAAUACGUAUGAUGAAGAUUAUAUAUAAGUACUUAUAUCCCUUUAGAGAUGACAUAUUUAAUUCCUCUUGCAAUUUAGGACUCAAUAAGGUUUUAUAACUCAGUUCAAUGCAUACCUGCUGAGUAUAAGUGGUACGCUGUUUAUUUUUGUAAGGUGACUAUAAAACCAUAAAUAAUUGACAUUUAUUUAGAAAUUUUAGGUGUUGAUUGUUGAUUGAGUAACAUGGUCGGCGCAUCAGAGCAAGAACCAAUAAAACUGAACGCCUACACGUCUGUUGUGAUGUUAGUAUGUAAAUUGUUACAUAUGUCGUGGGAAAAAACCUCUUGUGUAUAAAUUGUGGUUUAUACUGCUGAAUGCGAAAGUAUUGGUACCCUUGAGUUAACUUUCAGUUAAAUAUUUUUAUUGAUAUUCUAUUUGUGAUCUAUACAGACAUGCAGUGAUUUCGUCUGAGUAUGUAUUCAUCAUGAUACAUUUUUUCACACAGUAAUCCGUUCUAAUUUUCUAAGAGAAUAGAAUCUUAUCUCCACUAUGAAUUUUUUUGUCAUCUCGUUUUUAUGUCAAAAAUGUCAAUGUGCUUUGGUAUUUUUACUUCUUUUAUUUCAAAUAAUUAUAAUACCUUAGGUGUCUUUGAAACUCUUGUUUAAGUCAUUUGAACAUGUCAAACUCGGAAUUUAAGAAUCGAAUUAAAUACAAAAAUAAUGUUUACUUCUUUCUAGUUAUAGUAUGGCAAAGUUUACUGUGGCAUUAUAGUGUUUUUACUCCCACCUGUAGUUUGGUUUGUUAUUCAACUUAGAAAUACUAGAGACAUUUGAAUGUAACAGUACCUUUGAACUACUAAAUCUGUAACAUGUAGAUAUUUCCAAAUUUUCCAGAUUUUUAUGUUUGAGUUAUUUAGAGUUAGGUAUCGUAUUAUUAAUAUUUAUAACAACUUUAUUUUGCCUGGCAGUGGGUAUAUAUAGUACGAUUAUAAACGUUCGCUUUUUAAACUGACAUUGACUUUGUAACACUCUUUUCCACCGAAAAUAUUUUUUAUUUUUUAUACAUCAAAAAUAACCUAUAAUCAAAUGUAAAACUGCUACAAGUAGCUUUUUGUUUAAAAGUUGAUGAUCUGUUUCCUUGUUGUUUGUUUAAAUUUCCACUCACGAAAAUAAUGUUUUUUAAUUAAUCCAAAAAAGAAAAAAUACACACCAGGCUGUAAAACGUUUUAGUGUGUUCGGCACAGUUGCUCGGUAUAUGAUUGUCAAAAAUAUUUUGUUUAGUUUGUUCUUUGUUGUAUUAAUCUAUUACUAUUUUCCCUAAUUAGCUGUAAUUAUAAUCAAACAACUAUGGACCUACAUAGGAAGGGAAAGAGAAGAACUUAAACUGUCGAAAUUUUACUUUCGUAAUAGAGCUAAACAAUGUUUCGGCUGUUAAACAGCGUCUGUCUAUAUUGUUAUUUUUAAUUGUACAUUACAUUCCACUGCAGUGCAAUGCAUAAAAGUUUUUAGAAAUACAUUACAAAAACAAAUUAAUACUACCAAAUUAAAAUAUUUUUUUUAGUAAUUAUAUGAUUUCUUUAUGUUACAUACCAUGACAAUUCUUAUUGACCGAAUAUUGGAAAUUGGUAAGUUUUAUACAAUACUUUGGAAAGGGUAAUUAUUAAUUAAGCUUUAAUCCUAAGUUACUAAAUUAUUUUAUCCAGUUUUAAACCAAUAAAGUAUAAAGAAAAUUUCACCAUAAUUAUAAAUUAAUGACACGGAGUUUAACUUCAAGUAAGAAGUUUUGGAAUUUUAAAUUAAAAAAUUUCAAACAUGUAUUUUUUAUUUGGUAAAUUAUAUUGUAAGUAACUUAUAAGUUACCUUAUAAUACGUAGACAUAAAAUCCUAAAAUAUUAUUAACACAUAGUAUCUUUUCGAGAGUUUUUAAGGUGGACAAAGAAUUAUGAGAACUUCAUAGCAAAUUAAUAUGGAUGCUUUAAAAUAUUUCAGCAAAAUAGUUUAUUGCACUUUAUCCUAAAAAAUAAAAUACUCUCUCUAAAACUGUGGAGGCCUAUGCUUAAACAUAUCAUAAACAUAAAAAUGAAAUUAGAUUAAAUUACAGUUUACAGUACGACAGUGUUUCAUACUAAAAUCAUUUUUGUCGUGGGUGCUGAAUUAUGAAGCCUAAGUUUUAGAAAAAUAUGGAAUAUUAACUAAUGGCCUUCUUAAGUAACUGGAACAUUCAUUAAAGAUUAACUUAAAAUAUGUGGUGUUAAAUUUGGUCCGUUAAAUCAAUUCCAACUGAUAAAAUAAUAUGGCGUUAUUAAUUUUACUCAUUAAAGGAUCAGAUUACGUGGAAAUUGCAAAAACAAGAGCACUCCUUUGCACUAUUGUUUAAAGAAUAUUAUAUUGUAAAUACAUUGACGUGAAAUUUAUAAGACAGUUUUUAAAGCUACCAGUGAAACAUUAUAAUAACAGGUAUCGCUUGAAUACUUAAUCAUUUGUACGUUCAGUAAUAGUUUAACGAUUUUACUAAACAAAUUGAUGUUUUGUAAUUUUCUGUAGCUUAAUUUAAUAUAUAAAGCACUUUUGAAGUAGUUUGAUGCAAAAGUCUGUAAUUCUGUGAUGUAAUGUAAUGACACUGUACCUAUAGGUAUAUGCAGCUUAUGAGUUACUGAUUCUAAAAAGAGGUAAGGGUGACCUUAACUUUGAAAUGAAGGAUAGAUGUUCAAUUAACAUUACAGAAUAAGGCAUAAUUAGAAAAUAGCGUAAAAAAUCUAUACGAUGUUAUUAUAUUAACUUUAUAUACAGUGGGCUUAAGACCACAGGCAUAAAGAAAAUACAAAAUUUUAAUUUUUCUGUAACCAAUAAACUCGUUAAAUACGGAAGAUAAAAUCGGACUUUUCGUAAAUAAAAUUUUUUUCAGACAUUUUUUAUUGUUAAUUCUAUAAUUUUUUCUUCACCUUAUUACAAAAACAAACUUCUAUAACAAAACCACUUACAUCGAAUCGCAUGAUGACAAUGAGUUCAACACAACUUACUGAAUAAUCUGUUUAAAAAGUUAUCGAAAACUUUUCCAAUUGAAGUGAAGACACUUUGUUCGGUACUUUAAACACAUCCAAAAAAUCGCGUGUUUAGGUUAAAACAAUUGUUAAGAUAUGAUAAAUGUCUCUACGCCUGACCAAAUUAGAAAAGUUUUCAUUCACACAUUAAACACAUACGUAAUAUUUCUUAUACAAUGUAAGCAUAUACUAUGUACUUAAUUACAACAUACAUUAAAAGGGUAAUAAACAGGUUUAAAUUAAAUUAUCAGAUCUAAUUAAAAUUAAAAAAAAAUACGAAUCCAACUUCUAGGUUUAUACGGAAUCCGAAUAUGAAAAAAAUAUAUAGAAAAAAUAAAUUUAUACUUCCAACGUUGUUGUAAUGGUUUUAUUUUUUAUAAGUUAUUUUCAGUAAACGUAUUUCCAACUUUUGCUGAUUAAAAAAUUGAAAAUUCAUUUUUAUUAUUGCUAAUGUCAGUAUAAUGUUACCACUUUCAAUCAAUAACAUUAUUCUUUUGUGGUUUGUAGGAAUACCUACAGUAAAACUGUUUUCUGUUUAACAGUGUUCUGUUAAAGAUAGGAUUUAUGAAAUAAAUAUGUAAAAUAUCAAAAUUUUUAAUGAGUACUAUUAAUUUUAUUGGCAUAUGUGAGAUUCACUAAAAAAACAUAAUCUAAAAUCUUCUGACACAAAUAAGAGUUUUUCCUGUUCCAUAUUUCGAAUUACAAUAAAAAGGCUAUUCAUUCUUGAAAUUUGUAUACAUAUACAUAAUAAUAUAAUAUAAUAUUUCAUUAAUAAUACAGAAAUUAAUAAUAAUCAAUCAAUACAAAAUAUACCUUCAGAAAUAUGAUAAUCAUCGUAAAUUUAAAACAAACGUAUGACUAAAGUAUACACACAAAAAUAUCACAUUUCUCUUUCGGUAUGUUCAAUUUAUUUACUUAAUUAUUUGUUAUUUAAAUAAAAGUAUAUCGAAAUGAAAUGUGUUUCUGUCGUUUCUCGUCGAACAAAUAGGUAUAAUUUGCAACAAUGGCUCUUAAUUCUAAACUCACAAAAACAAAUCAAAAAAUGAUUCGAUAUUUCAUGUAGGUAUCACUUAAUAUUUUUGAGUGUAUGUUUUUAUUUUCACAAAGUCGAAAGAGUUUCUGCUUCCACAGUUCAUUACAAUUAAAAUCUGAAAAACGCUUUAGAACAAGGUCAACAAAUUUACUCUGAACGAAAUAGUUGAAAAAUUAUCGAAUGUAAAUCAAAUUAUUUUAUGAAUUACUUAGAUAUUUUGCUACCUUUAUAAUCAAUAUAUUUUAUAGGAAUUUUAAUUUUUUUGUAAUACACAAGCUUUCUGAAUAAUUUAAAAUGUAUUAAAAUAGACUGAACAUAGACCACCACAUUAUUGCACCAUUUAGUGAAAUAUUGAAAAAUAAGUAUUUGUAAAUGUACAAUAUCUUACCUAUUUAGUAUUCAGCUUUUAAAUUAUAUAAUUUAAAUUAAUAUAGAAUUUUUCAGUAAAAUAUAACAGUAGGCAGCAAUAGCAAUAAAUAAAUUAGUGUUUAUGUUUAUGUAUAAAAUUUAUUUUAUUUCCAUUGACUUUU